AUGACCAGCUGCUGGAACCAAACAAGGGUGACCUAUUUCCAAUUUUUACCUUUCUCCAGCAUUCCAGAGAUCCAAGGCUCGCUCUUUUGCCUGGUAUUGCUCAUGUACCUCAGUACUUUGGUGGGAAACAUCCUCAUCAUUGUGAUCACUGUGGUAGAUGCUGCCCUUCACUCCCCCAUGUAUUUUUUCCUCAAGAAUUUGUCUAUCCUGGAGAUUGGCUACACUACAUCCACAGUCCCCAAGAUGCUGGUGAACUUCCUCAGAAAAAGGAAAGGCAUAUCCUUUCUGGGCUGCGCCACACAGAUGUAUGCCUUCUCCGUCUUAGGAAUCACAGAAUGUUGUCUGCUGGCUGCCAUGGCCUACGAUCGAUAUGUGGCCAUAUGCCAUCCCCUGCACUACACAACCAUGAUGAGCUGGAACAUGUGCUUCCUGCUCUCAGCUGUAUCUUGGCUUAUUGGAGUCUUGAUGGCCUUAGGGCAGACAACUUUCAUCUUUAGCCUUCCAUAUUGUGGGCCCAACAGGAUCAAUCACUUCUUCUGUGACCUGCUGCCUCUGCUGAAGUUGGCUUGCACGGAC